ACGGCCCGGUAACCCGCCCCCGCUGGUUCCGUUCCAGGUUCGUCUGGUCCCUGCUCCAGCAGCAGGGCCCCGGGUCCCCCCCGGCCCGGUCGGUCACCAUGGAGGAGCUGGGGGGCCAGGACACCCCCGAUGGGCCCCGGAUCACGUCCCUGCGUGAGACUCUGCACCGGAUAUGGGGGAGCAUGAGCCAGAACCCCGAGAUCGACAGCCUGGUGCAAUGCAUGGCGGGGCAGCCCCCCCUGCCGGCGCUGGCCGCGGUCUCGAAGGAGGUGUUUCGUGAUGGCAUCAACUGGGGCAGAGUCGUCGUCUUCUUCUACUUCACCUACAGGGUCAUUGCCCAGGCUCUGGGUGGGUCUGACUGUCUCCGGUCCCUGGUCGACUGGGCCCUAAACUUCCUGUGGGAGCGAGUUGCCCCCUGGAUCCAGCGCCAGGGGGGCUGGGACUCCAUCUUCAGCUACCUCACCUCCUCCGCCUAGGAGGGGCACAGACACCCCCCCGGGAUGGCAUCAGCAGCUGGACAAAGCAGCCCCCCCUCUGCAGCAGAGACCCCACUGGCUGGACGGGGGGGGGAAUUACCCGAUGCCUCCAGCUCUGCAGAAGCGAAGGCAGACUGGGAGAGUCUG